GCCAACUGCCAUCCAGCGAGCUAGCAGCAAUAGCAGAAUAGAGUCGGGCUCGGGCCAGUGGGGUUAAGUGCGCGAGAGGUCGUGUGCUUUGCACGGCGGUUAAAUCUGUCGAACGAAUUCUAACAUAAAACGAACCAUAUUUCGCGUCGCGAACAUUUUUUGUGAAUAUAAUCAUGAUAGGAACCGAGGGUUAUAACAACCUCGACGACGGCUACAUGGAGCAAGAAGAGGAGUGGGAGAGAGAAGGACUCCUAGACCCUGCCUGGGAAAAACAACAGAAAAAGACAUUCACAGCAUGGUGUAACAGCCACCUAAGAAAAGCCGGCACCGGCAUCGACAACAUCGAAGAAGACUUCCGCAAUGGCCUCAAACUCAUGCUGCUUCUGGAGGUCAUCUCCGGCGAAACAUUGCCCAAGCCCGACCGAGGCAAAAUGCGAUUCCACAAAAUCGCCAACGUCAACAAGGCUCUCGACUACAUCGCCAGUAAAGGGGUCAAGCUCGUUUCCAUCGGAGCUGAGGAAAUUGUGGACGGCAACCUGAAAAUGACUCUCGGUAUGAUCUGGACCAUCAUCCUGCGAUUCGCCAUCCAAGACAUCUCCGUGGAAGAGAUGACGGCUAAGGAGGGUCUGCUGCUGUGGUGCCAACGAAAAACCGCCCCCUACAAGAACGUCAACGUGCAAAACUUCCACCUCUCUUUCAAGGACGGUCUAGCUUUCUGCGCCCUCAUUCACCGUCAUCGUCCCGACCUCAUCGACUAUAACAAGCUCUCCAAGGAUAACCCUCUCGAGAACCUCAACACUGCCUUCGACGUUGCCGAGAAGUAUCUCGACAUUCCAAGGAUGUUAGAUCCUGACGAUUUGAUCAACACUCCUAAACCCGAUGAGCGUGCAAUAAUGACUUACGUGUCAUGUUAUUACCACGCUUUCCAGGGGGCCCAACAGGUAUCGAUUGUACGAAAGUACUUACAAAACACGGCAAUGCCGGACGAAAGAGCAGUCAUGACGUACGUGUCGUCCUACUAUCAUCGAUUUUCCGGCGCCCAGAAGGCCGAAACUGCAGCCAACAGAAUCUGCAAGGUGCUCAAGGUCAACCAAGAAAAUGAACGCCUGAUGGAAGAAUACGAACGUUUGGCAAGCGAUCUACUGGAAUGGAUCCGUCGUACCAUGCCAUGGUUAGGAUCGCGCCAAACCGACAACUCCCUAGCGGGCGUUCAGAAGAAAUUGGAAGAGUACCGAACUUACAGGCGCAAACACAAGCCUCCACGCGUGGAACAGAAAGCAAAACUGGAGACGAAUUUCAACACUCUUCAGACCAAACUGAGAUUGUCCAACAGACCGGCUUAUAUGCCCACCGAAGGUAAAAUGGUGUCGGACAUCGCGAACGCCUGGAAAGGUUUGGAAAACGCUGAAAAAUCGUUCGAAGAAUGGCUGCUCUCCGAAAUGAUGCGCCUGGAACGUCUGGAACAUCUGGCGCAGAAGUUCAAACACAAGGCCGACGCCCACGAAGACUGGACUCGCGGCAAGGAAGAAAUGCUCCAAAGCCAAGACUUCAGGCAGUGUCGCCUCAACGAGCUUAAAGCUCUCAAGAAGAAGCACGAAGCCUUCGAAUCCGAUUUGGCCGCGCAUCAAGAUCGCGUCGAACAGAUCGCUGCGAUUGCGCAGGAACUCAAUACAUUGGAGUACCACGACAGCGUGAGCGUUAACGCGAGAUGCCAGCGCAUCUGCGACCAGUGGGACAGACUCGGGGCUUUGACUCAGCGCCGCAGGCAGGCCUUGGACGACGCCGAAAGGAUCCUGGAGAAGAUCGACAUCCUCCAUUUGGAAUUCGCGAAGCGAGCUGCACCAUUCAACAACUGGUUGGACGGAACUCGAGAGGACCUCGUGGACAUAUUUAUUGUACACACAGUAGAAGAAAUCCAGGGUUUGAUUGAUGCCCAUCAUCAUUUCAAGGCAACAUUAGGAGAGGCUGACAAAGAAUACCAAAGCAUCGUGGGACUAGUGAGAGAAGUCGAAUCGAUUGUCAAGCAACACCAAGUUCCUGGAGGCUUAGAGAACCCUUACACUACAUUGACGGCUCACGAUUUGACCAGGAAGUGGGGAGAAGUUAGACAGUUGGUGCCUCAGAGGGAUGCCACUUUGCAAGCGGAACUUAGAAAACAGCAAAACAACGAAAUGCUGAGACGCCAAUUUGCCGAAAAAGCCAACGCCGUCGGUCCCUGGAUCGAACGUCAAUUGGACGCCGUCACCGCUAUCGGAAUGGGUCUUCAUGGCACUCUGGAGGAUCAGCUUCACCGCCUAAAGGAGUAUGAACAGGGCGUGUACGCUUACAAACCCCAUAUCGAGGAAUUGGAGAAGAUCCACCAGGCCGUGCAGGAGAGCAUGAUAUUCGAAAACAGAUACACGCAGUACACCAUGGAAACGCUCCGCGUCGGUUGGGAACAACUCUUGACCUCGAUCAACCGCAACAUCAACGAAGUGGAGAACCAGAUCCUGACUCGUGACUCGAAGGGCAUCACUCAGGAGCAGCUGAACGAAUUCAGAUCUUCGUUCAAUCACUUCGACAAGAACAGGACUGGCCGCCUUACUCCGGAAGAAUUCAAAUCAUGCCUCGUCUCUCUAGGAUAUUCGAUCGGAAAAGACAGACAGGGUGACAUCGAUUUCCAAAGAAUCUUGGCCGUGGUCGAUCCGAAUUCGACCGGAUACGUACACUUCGAUGCUUUCUUAGAUUUCAUGACAAGAGAGAGCACUGAUACUGACACCGCAGAACAGGUCAUCGACAGUUUCCGUAUUUUAGCUGCUGACAAGCCGUACAUUCUACCCGAUGAGCUGAGAAGAGAACUACCGCCCGACCAGGCUGAAUACUGCAUUCAGCGCAUGCCUCCUUUCAAGGGACCCAAUGCCGUUCCCGGCGCUCUGGACUACAUGUCAUUCUCGACAGCAUUGUAUGGGGAGUCGGAUCUAUAAUCGAUUCCUCUCGCACCAAACGUACUCGAGGUGAUAUUAUAAGCCAUAUUAGGGUUGUCAGAAUCAUAUCCCGACGCCUUUACCUUCUUCUUCUCCCGUUCAUCAUAUCAUAUCUUUGCUGUGUCGAAUUUGAUCGCUGCACUAUCUGUCAGCCUCAGUGUGAGCGAGGCUUGUCAGCUAAACGACGACUUGAUCUCGGUCAAGUUGAAACCGAGAAAGUUCUAUUGAAAAAAUAUAUCGAAUAUGUUUAUUUAUUGUGUAUUUUGUAAAUUUAUUUCGGCUUUGUGUUUUGAAUUUUCGUUUCGAGAACGAACGCGGCCCUUCCGAUUUUACUUCCUAAUUUAUUAUGUACUUUUUUUGCAAGUGCUCAGAUAUUUAUUUAUUUACUAAGCUUGAAGUGUACAGAAUAUUUUAUUUUAUUUUAUAGGUAAAUGCUCUUUAUUGCCCUAGACUGUAAGCUCAACGUUUUAUCUUUAGUUCAAACUCGAAUGUAAUAAAGAGCUUUUAUUGUUAUAUUUUUUUGGUUGGAGUUUAUUAUUUAAUGAAUAUAGUUGUAAAGAUUGAAGGUCAUACAAUAUUUGCCCAAAGUAUACUAACUUAUAUCAACAAAUGAAAUAUAUUUGAUUUGAAAUGAUGUAUUCUUUAUUUUGGUUGUACGUUUUUAAGUGUUCGCAGCUAUUGCUGUGAUGUAUACUAGUGCUAGAGAACUUUAUAUUCAUAAUUUACACAGCUAUCUGAAAUAUACGUUAUUUUACUUUUA